AAAAAUCUUAUAUACUUUAAACAUAUAUAAACACAUGACUUGAAGAUCUUUCUACGAAUAUCAUUCAUUCUAGUUUUUGUGCAUACAAUGACGACACUUUUCAUGCUUAAACCAAUCAUAGUGAGUCUGAUUACGGAUAUUUCCAAUACGACAAAAUCUUCUAUACCAAUUGCAUCGAGAUUACCUUUUAAUGUUGAAUACGGCGAAAAAUUCAAUCAAUAUAUAUAUCUGAUAGCAAUGCAUAAUUAUGUGGCCGUGUUUACUCGCUCGUUCGCCACAAUAGCGGUUGACAACUUGUACUAUGUUUUAAUUCAACAUGCUUGUGGAAUGUUCUCGAUUAUUGGAAAUGUACUGGAGAACAUUGGAAAAAAUAAUGCGAACGAUUUCAAUGCGAAAUCAGAUAAGAUUAAAGACAACAAUUAUAACAAAACUUUACACUGUUUGCGUAGACAUCUCGAUGUGAUAGAAUUUGCGGAAAAUAUCGAAGCAUUAUUUAUGAAGAUAUUUCUGAUAAAUCUUAACUUAAAUAUGAUCUGUGGCAGUUUAGCUGGUGUACAAUGUCCAUCUUCAUAA